ACAGAAGGAGGAGAAAAAGGAAAAACCUCUUAAACCUCGCCUCCUUCGUGCCCUGUGUUACCGGCCGGAGGCGAAGAUCCCAUUGUUCCGCCGCCUCUACUCUCAAAACCUAGCGACAUCACCGGCCGGAUUUGAAGAACCCCUGGCGUGCUCCCCCUCUCUAUCUCUGCCUACAUAUACAUACAUACAGUAGAUAUAUAUAUUUAUACAUAAAACAUGGCGACGGUGGCGGAAGCCCGGGCGGUGAAGUCUCUGAACAAAUCUCCGGGUCGCAGGCGCUUUGUGUUCAAGACGUUCUAUCAGCGUAUCGAGGAAAUUGACAUUGGCGUCUUCCGGAGUCUUGACCCUAUCAAGUCGGAGCCCUCCGAAGGGUCUUCGUUUUUCCGGGACUGCCUUGUAGAAUGGAGGGAAUUGAACACUGCAGAGGAUUUUAUUUCUUUCUAUGAGGAAAUGAUGCCCUUGGUGCAAACAUUGCCACAGAUAAUACUGCACAAGGAGAUGGUACUCUCGAAACUUCUUUCAAGGUUGCAAAUGAAAGGGAGGCUGUCACUUGAACCUAUUCUCAGGUUGAUUGCUGCAUUGUCUAGAGAUCUUUUGGAGGACUCUCCCCUCUUUCUGCAGAGGAUAGUCGAUUCUCUAGUCUCUCUUCUCAAAAGUGGAGCUGAUAGAGAACCUGAGAUAAUUGAGCAGAUUUUCAUGUCAUGGUCUUAUAUCAUGAUGCAUUUGCAGAAAUAUCUUGUAAGAGAUGUUGUCCAUGUUCUGAGGGUUACAACCAAAUUAAGAUAUUAUCCAAAGGAUUAUGUCCAAGAAUUUAUGGCAGAGGCAGUGUCAUUCUUGUUGAGAAAUGCAUCUAUUGAGCAGCUUAUAAAGGGUAUUAGAAAAGUCAUGGUGGAUGUUGCAAAGAAACCGCUGGCUUCCCGAAAAACUGGAGUCAGUGCUUUACUGUGGUAUGCUAUGAGGGGAACUUCAUCAAAAUUGCAUUCAAGAGCAGAGCAAGUUUUACGGUUAUUGAUGGACAACUCAAUAUUGAGUAUUGGUGAAAAAUUUACCCAAGGCUCUGACUCUGUGGUUGAAGUUGUAACUGCAGUCUUUCAGAGGUUAUGUGAGGAGCUUGAUCCUAAGGAAUUGACCUUGAUGUGGGAUUGUUUAUAUGAGGAAAUAACUGAUACUAUGUCUAAUGGAUGCCCAUUGCACAUCAGUCGGCUGCUCUCCCUGCUAAUGUCUACCGUUCAAAUUGACUAUGUCCAAAAAAUUUCUGAUUACCAAUUGAUGCUUCAAGUAAUUCAGGUGCUUAUGCAGAAGUUUAUCUUGCCUGCGAGAGUGCUGGAGGCAGUGGUCCAGUCUUCUGAGAUCAUCGAUAAGAUUCUGCAAUUGAUGCUUUGUAUUCUUGAUGGGCUUCAUCUAGUUAACAAUGAGUCAGUUCUUUCUAGCAUUUCGGUGCAAUGGACUCCUGUAUUUGAGUUAAGAAAUUCAAGUUUGCUGAAUUUUAUCAAGCAAUUACUGCUUAAGGACAGUGGCAUAGUCCAUGUCUUCAGACAGAAUAUUAUACGUGCAUUGAGUGAUUUGAUAGAAACUUCGAAAGAAGACGUUAUACUUUUGCUGCUUAUGUUCUGUGAAAAACUGCAAGAUCAAAGCUUCAGCUUCUUAGAUGGAAGAUCCAAAGAAGAGGUUUUGAGAAUCUGCAGUUACCUGCAAGAUGCUGUUGGCUUCUGGAUUGGGGUUAUGAAUCAAAUUGUGCAUGGCGAUUCAUCCAUUCAAUUUCAGGAGAUUAACUUGGCUUUGCUGUGGGGCAUAAUAAGCUGCUAUCCCUAUAUGAAAGACGUCCAAGCAAACUCAUCCAUAUUGCUCGAUCUUGUGUAUGCACUUGAUCAGCUUCUGGUGAAUGAAUUAGACAAUAUUGCAGGGUUUCCUACACACACCUGGCAAAGCCUAAUUGGGGCUGCUUUGAGUUCCUAUCAAAAAAUGCAUUUUGGUAAUUUUGGAGAUGAAAAAGUAAGCCAAUUUUUGCUACUUGCUUCAAGAUACAGGUCAUCACCACAGAUACUAUCUGCUGUAGCUGAUUUUUUGGAUUCUGUGGACCAGUUUACAUUUCAAGAAGCAGCCCAUAAUGCUGUAUUGUAUCCAGAACUUAAAGUUGAUAAGGCUAUGGAAUCAUUGGGCAUAUUUGCUCAAAAUUUGUGCAACUCAGACAAACUGAUCCGACUUUCCACCUUAAGAAUAUUGUGCCAUUACGAACUUAUAAAUAGUGAUCAUGUUCCUGAAGAUCAGCCUGCUGAGAAAAAAAUGAGAACUGGCAGUUCUCAAUCUUGCUUGGCCAAUAAUCAGCAUAGUAAUGUUCUUCGGCUCCUCCUCUCAAUUGAGGAAAUACCUCUUUCAGUUUCCACGAGCAGGAAAGCAGUCCUGUUUAUUUCCAGAUUACAGAUGGAUUUCUCUGCUGCAAGAAUAACUGAAGCAUAUUUGCCCUCCGCUCUGUAUGGAGUAAUUGGUGUCUUCCACAACCGAAUUAGCUAUCUGUGGGACCCAGCAUUGGAAUGCCUUGCUGUUCUGAUUAACAGGUAUUUUGAGAGGGUAUGGGAUGGAUUUGUUCAGUAUUUGGACCAAUGUGAAUCUAAUUUUUUAGCAUCUCUUGAUCGACCUGAUGGGAGCGAAUGCACAACUACUAGCAAGUCCAAUGAUUUGGUUGAACGUUUCAAUUUGUUUGUUUCUCCUAUAUUUGAUAACACCGCCUGUGCAACUGUUUUGACGUUGUUAAUUAAGUCAUUGCAAAGAGUUCCAACUGUAACAGAAUCACGGUCUCGGCAAAUUAUACCUUUGUUCUUGAAAUUUAUGGGUUACGACAUCUGCGAUGUUGACAGCAGUGUGGGAUCAUUUAACACACAAGUUUGUAAAGGCAAAGAAUGGAAGAAUGUCCUCAAGGAGUGGUUAAAUCUGUUGAAAUUGAUGCGAAAUCCCAAGUCAUUCUACAGGGGUAAAUUCCUUAAGGAGGUUUUGCAAUAUAGGCUUCUUGAUGAAAAUGAUGCUGAGAUACAGAUGAAAGUUCUUGAAUGCUUGUUGAACUGGAAAGAUGAUUUUUUAACCCCAUAUGGCCAGCAUCUGAAAAAUCUGAUCAGUUCAAAGAGUCUGAGAGAGGAACUAACGACAUGGAGCCUGUCCAAAGAAUCUAAUUUUGUUGAAGAACAUCAUAGAAUCUAUCUUGUACCUUUGGUUACACGCAUUCUGAUCCCCAAAGUCCGAAAAUUGAAAACGUUGGCCUCUCGAAAGCAUACAAGUGUACAUCAUCGCAAGGCAGUCCUCGGAUUCAUUGUUCAACUUGAUGUUCACGAGCUUCCUCUUUUCUUUGCACUGUUAAUAAAGCCAUUGCUACACAAUUCAAAAGAUUCUGAUGGGACCAGGAAAUGGUUCUGGGCAUCACCUGAACAGUUUAAGGAUGAAUUUGAUUUGUCCAAUAUUUUGAACCAUUUCACCAUGGACAACAUAGUGGCCCUUUCUUGGAAGAAGCGAUAUGGUUUUUUGCAUGUAAUUGAAGAUAUUCUUGGAGUUUUUGAUGAAUUGCAUGUUAAACCCUACCUUGAUCUGUUAGUUGGAUGUGUUGUCCGCAUGUUGGGGAGCUGUACUUUAAUUCUUGACAAGGGAAAGAGUGGAGGAUUAGCUUUAGAUGGUGGAGGAGAGUAUCAGAUCACGAGCAGUACAGCCAUGAAGCAGUUCAAGGAACUCAGAUCUUUAUGCUUGAAGAUCCUUUCUUUCGUUCUGAAUAAAUAUAUGGACCAUGAGUUUGGGUGUGAAUUUUGGGAUUUGUUCUUUACAUCAGUGAAACCUUUAGUAGAUGGUUUCAAGCAAGAAGGUGCAACUAGUGAGAAGCCCAGCUCGUUGUUUUCUUGCUUUCUUGCUAUGAGCAGAAGCCACAAGCUUGUAUCAUUAUUGCAAAGAGAAGAGAAUCUUGUCAGUGAUAUUUUUUUUAUUCUUACUGUUAAAACAGCUUCCCAAGCCAUUUUAUCUUCUGUUCUGAAGUUUGUUGAGAACCUAUUGAAUCUCAGUAGUGAACUUGAUGAUGAAGACAAUCCAACGAUGACAUUAUUAUUUGAUAACCUUGAGGCACUGAUCUGCAGUUUGCACUGUCUUUUCAAGUUCAAUAAUGUAGCAAGGAGGAAAUUGGUGAAAUGUCCUGGGGAGAGAGAGCUAAAUAUUUUCAAGUUGUUAUCAAAAUAUGUUAAAGAUCCUUCAGCAGCAAGUAAAUUUGUUGAUAUUGUCCUACCUUUGCUAACAAAGGGAGUUCAAAAUUCUGAUGCAUCUGUAGUAGCUUUGCAGGUCAUUCAACACGUGAUACCCUUAUUAGGGAGUGAAAGCACAACAGGAAUUCUGAAUGCAGUUUCUCCACUUCUCAUUUCUUCUAGUCUGGAUGUACGGAUAUCUAUUUGUGGACUCCUUGAUUCUCUUUCCAAAACUGAUGCUUCUGUAAUGGAUGUGGCAAACCUUUUUUGUGAACUGAAUGCUGCCUCUGCCUUGGAGAUGGGUGGUCUUGACUAUGACCGUAUUAUUAAUGCUUAUGAAAAGAUAAACAAAGACUUCUUUUAUACUGUUAGAGAGAAGCACGCAUUGAUCAUUUUGUCGCAUGCUGUGUAUGACAUGUCAUCUGAAGAAUUGAUUUUGAGGCAAAGUGGAUAUAGAUUAUUGCUUUCAUUUAUUGAGUUCUCUGCUGAAAUUCUUCACCAAGAAUUAAAAUUUGAUGACAUCUAUUGGUCUGAAGCUUGCAUUCACCAGAUAAUUAACAAGUUUUUUCUCAAACAUAUGGGGGAUGCAAUGAACAAAGAGGCUCCUACACAAAAGGGAUGGAUUGAUUUACUUCGAGAAAUGGUGUUGAAGCUUCCAGAGAUGCCAACCCUUAAAUCGUUUAGGGCACUGUGCAGUGAAGAUGCAGAACAAGAUUUCUUCAACAAUAUUAUGCAUUUACAGAAACACAGGAGAGCAAGGGCUUUGAUACGCUUUAGGAACUUCGUCAGUUCAGCCAAUUUGCCAGAGGUCACUGCAAGUAAAGUGUUUGUUCCUCUCUUUUUCAAUAUUUUAUUUGAUGUACAAGUUGGAAAGGCAGAAAAUAUUAGAAGUGCAUGUUUGGAGGCUAUUGCGUCUGUUGCUGGUAACAUGGAAUGGAGGUCAUAUUAUGCAUUUUUAAUGAGAUGCUUGCGAGAGAUGACCUUCAAACCAGACAAACAGAAGGUCUUAUUGCGGCUAAUCUGUGCUGUUCUGGAUCAGUUUCAUUUUACAGAAACUGUUCCAGGUCGAGAAGGCAAUGAACAUGGUACUGUUGACUUUUCUGAGAUACAAUCAUGUCUCCAUAAAAAUGUGCUGCCUAAGAUCCAGAAAUUCUCAUCAUCUGAUUCUGAUAAUGUCAAUGUCAACGUCAGUCUUGUGGCACUUAAGCUAUUAAAGUUGCUUCCUGGUGAUGUCAUGGACAUGCAUCUUCCAAGUAUAAUCCAUCGUGUUUCGAACUUCCUUAAAAAUCGCUUAGAAAGCAUUCGUGAUGAGGCUAGAGCUGCUUUGGCUGCCUGUUUGAAGGAGCUAGGUUUGGAGUACUUGCAGUUCAUUGUCCAAGUAUUGAGAGCAACCUUGAAAAGAGGAUAUGAGUUGCAUGUUCUGGGAUAUACUCUUAAUUUCAUUUUGUUAAAAUCUCUAGUGAGUCCCAUUAGUGGGAAGUUGGACUAUUGUCUCGAACAGCUUCUUUUUGUGGUGGAGAACGAUAUUCUUGGAGAUGUUUCAGAAGAGAAAGAGGUGGAAAAGAUUGCUUCAAAAAUGAAGGAGACUAGGAAGCUCAAGUCUUUUGAAACACUGAAAUUAAUUGCCCAGAACAUCACAUUCAAAACGCAUGCCUUGAAGCUACUUUCGCCUAUUACAUUUCGUUUGCAGAAGCAUCUUACCCCAAAAGUGAAACUGAAAUUGGAAACUAUGUUAAGCAACAUAGCUGCUGGCAUUGAGUGUAAUCCAUCUGUAAAUCAGAUUGAUCUCUUUGUCUUUUUAUAUAGCCUCAUCGAAGAUGGCAUUAUGUGUGAUGCAAAUAAAAGUUCCUCUGGUGCAAAUGCAAAAGAGCAGUAUAUAGAUGAGGAUAGCAGCAAAUUUAAUUCAGGAAGGUUAAUUGACUCCAGUUCACAAUCAUCUCAUCUUAUUACAGUUUUUGCUCUCCGAGUGCUGCAUGAUCGCAUUAAGAAGACAAAGCUUAGUAAGAAGGAUGAACAACUUUUAUCAAUGUUGGAUCCCUUUGUCAAAUUGCUUACUGAGUGUUUGAUUUCCAAGUAUGAAGAUGUCAUAUCUGCAGCCCUCAGAUGCCUUGUUCCAUUGGUGAGACUGCCUUUACCAUCCCUUGAAUCACAAGCCGACAAGAUAAAGAUUUCUAUAUUGGUUAUAGCUCAAGGAUCAGUAAAUACCAGCAGCCCUCUGAUGCAAUCAUGUCUGAGCUUGUUAACAGUGCUUCUGCGGAACACUAGGAUUACACUUUCCACAGAUCAAUUGCAUAUGGUGAUCCAAUUUCCAAUAUUUAUUGAUCUUGAAAAGAAUCCCUCAUUUACUGCUCUUUCACUUUUGAAGGCAAUAGUGACUCGCAAGCUUGUAGUCCAUGAGAUAUACGAUCUUGUAACUCAGAUUGCAGAACUGAUGGUUACAAGUCAAGUGGAACCAAUUCGCAAGAAGUGCAGUCAAAUUUUAUUGCAAUUCUUACUUGACUAUCAUCUUUCAGAGAAGCGUUUGCAGCAACAUCUUGAUUUUCUGCUUUCAAAUCUUAGGUAUGAACAUUCAGCAGGAAGAGAAGCUGUGCUUGAAAUGCUCCAUGCAAUUGUAAUCAAGUUUCCAAAAACAAUUCUUGAUGAGCAUUCCCAGACGAUAUUUGUCCAUUUGGUCAUUUGUUUGGCCAAUGAUUUUGACAACAAAGUCCGAUCAAUGGCUGGUGCUGCUAUAAAGCUUCUGAUUGGGAAUGUGAGCCUGCAUUCACUUCAUUCCAUCCUGGAAUAUGGUCUUUCUUGGUAUUUAGGUAGUAAGCAGCAUUUGUGGAGUGCUGCAGCACAGGUCUUGGGGUUACUGGUAGAAGUGACAAGAAAAGGAUUUCAGAAACAUAUCAAUGAAGUGCUAUCAAUGAUAAGAAACAUUCUCCACUCUGCCAUUGAUACUCUCACUGACAGACAUCUAGAUCUUUCUGUUGAAGUUGCAAUUCCUUUUUGGAAAGAAGCAUAUUACUCGCUGGUUCUGUUGGAAAAGAUACUGCAUCAGUUCCAUGAUUUGCGCCUAGCAAAGGAUCUUGAGGAUCUAUGGGAAACAAUUUGUGAGUUUCUGUUGCACCCACAUAUGUGGCUUCGUGAUGUAUCAAACCGACUGGUGGCCCUGUACUUUGCCUCAGUAACCGAGGCCAAUACAGAAAAUCCUGAGAUGUCAUUAGGAAUGUUUUUCCUAAUGAAACCAAAUAGACUUUUUUUUAUAGCUGUUUCUAUCUGCUGCCAACUGAAGUCAACACUCAUUGACAAAGUUGCUGAGACCCUUAUUAUCCAAAACCUCAUCUUUGCAAUUUGUGGUGUGCAUUCACUAUUGGGACUUAACAAAGGAGUGGAUGCUCGCUGCUACUGGUUGUCACUUGAAAACCAUGAGCGAGAUCAUUUCCUUAAAGCAUUCCAGCUCCUUGAUCCUGGAAAAGGAAGAAGUACGUUAGCAUCCAUGACAUCGGGUGACAGUAAUCGUAAUGAUCAAGAAAAAAAUGAUCUAUCUUUGUUCGUCUCUCACUUGCUUAAGAGAAUGGGAAAAGUUGCCCUUCAGAUGGAAGCAGUUCAGAUGAAAAUAAUCUUUAGUGUUUUCAAGUCAAUCUCACCCAAAAUUGUCAACCCAGAAAGGUAUUCAUCACAAAUUGACAACCUUCAAGGUUAUGUAUAUCAAAUGUUGUUACCACUGUACAAAGUUUCUGAAGGAUAUGCUGGGAAAAUUAUUCCAGAUGAUGUGAAGCAAUUAGCACAAGAGGCUGUUGAAAGUAUUAGAGAUACAUUAGGGACGAAUAAUUUUGUACAAGUUUACAGCCGGAUCAGAAAAGUUCUCAAGGUGAAGAGGGAUAAGAGGAGACAGGAAGAAAAGUUGAUGGCAGUGAUCAAUCCAAUGCGAAAUGCCAAAAGGAAGCUGAGAAUUGCAGCAAAGAAUCAAGCCAACAAGAAAAGAAAAAUAAUGACAAUGAAGAUAACAAAAUGGAUGCGUUAAAUGAAUCUGGAGGUUUCUUCUCCCUAUCACAUAAGCGAGGCAGAUGUCCCAGUUGGAAGUGGGGUUUCAUGUGGAGUUUUCCUUGCGACAAUGAACUGAAAGAGGGAGCCAACCCCUUGAGUUGCCAAGAAGGUAUGUGGAGAAGUGAUGAUUUGGUGGUUCAAGAGGAAGACACCAAAAAAGUGAGAAGAGGUGAAAACCUAAGAGGAAGCAUCAGAAGAUGAUACGAAGAGCUGAAGAGGAGGAAGCGCCAAAAGAUGAGACGAAGAUCGCAAGCUGCUGAAUCAUUUUGAGGGGGUUGCAACAUCCUACUGUUGUUACACCUCUUCCUUCACUUGCUGGCAGGUUUUGCUUGGCGUUUGAUGGUCUUGAAGGAAAAGAUUCCACUGUUCAGUGCCUAUAUUUAAAUGGUUUUGUAGCACCAGUAGUAGGUAGUUACAUGGUUGUGUUCUCUUAACUCCACACUUUUGCCAAGCUACCCAUAGCGCAAUAUCAUUGUAAAUGAAUUUUGUUUACGAGUUAAGAGCUGUUAUUUUAUGAGUGUUAGGAAGAGAAUGA